AUGCUCCGCUCCGCCAAGACCAGCCUCUUUAUGAAAAGGACUAGCUGGCAAUGCCACUCAUGUCUUCCAAGCUCGUCGGCCGCCUCAGCCGCAGCUUCGGCUUUCAACACGACACAGAGAGCAUAUUUAAAUGUCGGUGCCCAGAGGAAAUCUGCAGUAACCGAGUCACCCGCACACCGGCCAUUCAAUGUUAGCUCCGAAGACCACGUCCAGCCAUCUGCAAACACUCGCCCCAACGAAACGAACAAAUCACUCAUCGGGAAGACGGGGAGCGAGAGCUCCAACAAUAGCAUGCCAAAGAACAUUAAUAGGAGUUUGGGUGUAAGCGAAAGCGUUGAGGGUCAAGUCGCCAACACCUUCAGGCGCCUUUCACCACAUGUUAGGGCCAGAUCCAUUAGGGAUCGGGAGGCAUGGCUGGCUCGAGUUAACGCACAGAGAAAGCAGUGGCCCUUUGCGGACUAAGAUCGAGG